UACUUUAUGCUGUGCCAUCACACAGCUACUUUAUAUAAAAGGACAGCAGCGGCGGCAGCGUCUAUUGAGCUACAGUUUGGCCCCUGCACUUACGACAAUGGGAAAGAUCAUAUUCUACGAGGACAGGAACUUCCAGGGUCGGCACCAUGAGUGCAUAAGCGACUGCGCCGACCUGCACCCCUACUUCAACCGCUGCAACUCCAUCCGAGUGGAGAGCGGCUGCUUCGUGGUAUAUGAGAGGCCCCAGUACCUGGGCCACCAGUUCUUCCUCCGCAGGGGGGAGUACUCCGACAACCAGCGCAUGAUCGGCAUCAACGACUGCAUCCGGUCCUGCCGCAUGGUUCCCAUGCACCGUGGCUCCUACAAAAUAAGACUGUUUGAGCGUCCAGACAUGGGCGGCCAAAUGCAGGAGGUGAGCGAGGACUGCCCCAACGUCCAGGACCGUCUCCGUAUGUCUGACAUUAACUCGUGCAGCGUGGUCGACGGCCACUGGCUGCUGUACGACCAGCCGAACUACAGGGGCAGGACCUACUACCUGAGACCGGGCGAGUACCGCAGGUACAGCGACUGGGGCGGCGCCAGCCCACGGAUCGGCUCGCUCAGGCGGAUCUCUGACUCCAACUAGAACAUCCUUCUUCUCUCUGUUCUUAAUAAACAUGCUGCUCUUUGACUCG